UGGAUCAUACAAGUGUAAAGAAACCUCGGGGUCUGAACGAUCAGAAGCUUCUGACCACCAAGCACUUGUCUCCCUAUGGAGAAACGGUAGGGAAAUACAUGCUAGAAGGAUGAUAGGUGAAAUAACGUAUAAGGAGCCGAAAGUGGCAGCCGGGCAGGCAAACAAGCAGACUAGCAAGCAGGCUGGCAGGCUGGCAGGCUGGCCGGCUGGCAGCAAUGGUGCUGCCAAAGAGAGGGGAAUAGUUCUGAGCUACUAUGGCUCGAAGUGGAAGAGAUAGCCAGUUCCGUCGGCGGCGUCGGUGACGGGGCAACCGAACGAACGGGGUGGGAAAGAAGGUUGAAAAAGUGGGGAUAAGGUGCAAUUGGAGGGGGACCGUUGUCGGAGUAGGGGUAUGUGGGAAGGGUAUCCUGGAGGCGGGCGCGCACUUCAAUUCAACGGGAACGACCACACUCGCCACAUCUGGUGAGCAACUGGGAUACUAGUUCUGCCGUCAAAAUCGCAACCCGCGAGCUUCGUACCUGAACAGGACGAGACACCAGUUACAGUAGCCAUGACGUGGUGAUCAGACCGGAAUAAAGGAUCUAAUGAAAAAUUAAAAAAAAACAAAUUACUUGUUAACGAUUAUCAUUGAUUAGAUAACUUGGUACAGACUCGGUUAUUACGAGGAUGACAAGUGUGUAAUCGCACGUAGUAAAAAGUUAUAAUGGGAAGAAGGAAGUGAAAUAAAAUUAAAAAAUGAGAAAGGACCUCUCCGAAGAAGCGUGCUAGGACUAAAAGGAGCUCCGCCUCCUCGAGAGGGCAAUCUCUCCUCUCUCCUUUGCUUCUCUUCGGCACUGGACCUCGCUCGGUCUCUGUUGCGUCGCCACCGUUCUCCCCUUCAUCCGACUGGCUACUACGUCACACAUGCUUCUGGCGCGAGCCGCCAACUCGAAGGCUCUCGGAGUUCAGUCGUUCAGUGAGUUACGAGUUGCGUCCGGGUUCGCCGUCGAGCGAUAACGGGGCAUCGAUCGGAUCGCGAGGAGAGGAUCUACCUUGCGCUCGCUCGGGUAUGGGCAACAGGUUUGAAUUUAUGGGACGAUAAAGAGUGCGGUGCGUAGUGCGCGUGUCUCUGUCCUCGCAGUUUGCCAGAAGAGACAGGACAGAGAGGAAGAGAGAAGGAGCGCGAGAACGAGAGAGUACCAGUCAAGGUAGAAGAAGAGAAAGGGAGAAAGAACGAAAGAGCAAGUGGCGGGGGCUAUCAAACUCUCAUAAAACUGUCAGCCGCGACCGCCGGGCUGACUUAUGUGCGCCCCUUCUCCAGCGAGCUCAACGCUUUCAGGUUCCGGCGUGCUCUUCUCGCAGGACCCCGUGUUCCAAAGUCAAAGGAGCCAGGCCCCCGUGCUAGAUCACUCAGGCUCCUUGACUAAAGUGGCGUGGAAUUCCGAAAUCGAGCGAACCGUAAGAUCAAAGAACGGAACCAGUAGUGGUCCAGAAGAGUUCGAAUCCCCCGGUGACUUAGGCCUAAGAUCGUCUUGAGGAGAAUCGCACGUCUACGGUUUCUCUUUGAAUCGCAGCAUCUCGUGAUUCCUCGUGGACCCGUGGCCACCCCCAGGAUACGAAGGGGGCGCGUGCGCGCGGGCCCCUGACCGCACCAGGGGCGCACCAGAGGAAGACUUUUCGGUGACGUCGAGCCUAGAGUGGGCCCCCACUACCACGGGCUCCCGAAUAUCUCUCCAUUAGCCCCCCUGACGGGCUCUCCCUUCUCCGUAGCUACGACUCGCACCCCUCUCAUCCUUGUCACUUCGACCAGCGGAGAACGGGGUUGAAGAAUCCUCCACGGCGGCAAGAGAGACCAAUCAAGGUUUGACGAACGGCGGGGAUUGGUCGGCGCUCCUGACACGCAGCGCGGCACGUGACAGCUACCGCACCGGCUCCGAGAUCGCGGUUCAGUACGAUACCACCUCCUUCCGCGCACGCAACACGAGAGACACACGAGUCGGUGCGCUUAUACGAGAACGCGACGAACACCUCGUUCGUGUCGUGAGCCUUCGGUACACCGGAACUACUUGGGUGUCGUACAGUUCCUUCGCGUCAGGAAGAGCGAUUCAACGAUCAACUCUAAGGAACGCCUGUGUCAUCGAGCGUUGGUCGCGUACGUCGCGAGAGUCUUAACUCCUUCAAGAAACUCUUACUCCUUUGUUAUUCUACUUCCUGUCCAAGAGGAACCCGGCUGUCCCGCAACCAGUGAGUUUUCAAUGGGGCGUCUCGAUAGGCCGCUAUGCUACUCGGUGGGCCCCCGAGUUCCCCGUAGGUAAUUGCGCCUCGUAAGGUCGUAAAGAAGCAGAAGACAGUUUUAUAGCCUCGGCCCACGUGGCGCUCGUAAACUAACUUGACUCUGGCUUGCUCGCUCGCUCGCACGCUUGUCCGUGUGCCUCUCUAUUAGUCGGUGACCCUCGUUCAUUAUCGAAUCAUUAGUCGUGUUAAAGUCCCCGCUAUCCUGAACGCUGUAACAAUCAUUGUGAACACCUUAAGAUACGGACGUACUCGUUCGCAGGAGGUGGAAGAGUGUCACUGGCCGAAGAAAGAUAGAACCUGAAGUAAAAGAAGGAACAGAAGGAAAUCGUGUGAGCAAUGCGACCGUUCUCGUAUAAAUCCUUCAGGUCGUCGUCGUCGUCGUCGCUCUCGUCGUCGUCGUCGUUGACGUCCACGUCGUUGCGAUCUUUGUGAAAGAAUAAAAAAUCGCGAUGCCACGUCUUCGUACUUAAAUACUCAUCAAAAGCAGUGUGAAGUUCAAACGUUUUUUUUUAAGUGUAUCCUGUGAUUGUUCAUCCGGGUGAUUUAUCGUAUCGCGUCCAGGCACGCAGUUUUCCGUGUGAGCUCGGAUUCCACCAAAGUACAUCGGGAUAAGAUGAGUUCCUAUCAGUUCGUUAAUUCUCUGGCUUCUUGCUACGCCGGUCAGCAACCUCAGCCCCAGCCACGACCCACCCCUAAUUCACCUGGAGAACCGAUGCAGGCUGCUUCACCCGCCGGUGGUGAUUACUACAAUCCAAAUGCUGCGGCAACCAGCUACCCUACACCUUGCUACUCGCCACAGCAGCAUUAUCCUCAACAUCCCUACGCAACUCCAGCUGCGGGGAUGCAGCACACGCCACCUACGGGGAUGAUAGACUACACUCAGCUACAACCUCAGCCACGGCUCAACGCCACGGCAACGUCUCAGCAACACAUGCAUCCACAACAGCCGCAGCAUCAUCCUCCGCAGCAACAUCAUCCCCAGCAAUUACAUCCAGAUCCUACUUCGCCCUUGCUCCAGGCCGCCUCAGCACCCUCUGCUCCUUCUACGUCGAGCUGCAAAUACGCGGACUCCACCUCCUCCACGAGCGUAGCCUCGCCUCAGGAUCUUACGACCUCCACGUCGAGGAACAGUCCCACUCCUCUGGUUGCACCUGGACCGAGCAAAGCUGGAUCGGGCCUUGCCUCUCCGCCUGGAAGUUCUUCUAGAUCGUCCGUGGCUGCUUCAGCGGCAUCGCCUCCUGGUGGUAGUACAAGGGGGGUUGGCGAAGGUAGCUCUACGCUGACUACCGCAUCGUCUGCAUCGUCACCAGCUUCGUCUACGUCCAGCACAUCCAGUACCGGUAAUAACUCCUCGAACAAGGGCAACGCCAGCAGCAGCAAUCCUCCGCAAAUCUACCCCUGGAUGAAAAGGGUUCAUAUCGGACAGAGUACCGUAAAUGCAAAUGGCGAAACCAAACGGCAGAGGACUUCCUACACGAGGUAUCAGACCCUGGAGCUGGAGAAGGAGUUCCACUUCAAUCGCUACUUGACGAGGCGGCGGCGUAUCGAGAUUGCCCACGCGCUCUGCCUGACCGAACGUCAGAUAAAAAUCUGGUUCCAAAACAGACGGAUGAAGUGGAAGAAGGAGCACAAGAUGGCGAGCAUGAACAUCGUGCCGUACCACAUGUCGCCGUACGGCCACCCUUACCAGUUCGCUCCGCACCCAGGCCAGUUCGCACAUUUGGCCACAUAGGACGAGUUCUCGCCCGCCGAGCUCGGAGCACACGCUGUCCGGUUCCCCGGGAUGUACGGCGAGCAGAACUUCUAGGCUUUUUCCAAGCGUAUUACCCACGCGAGUUGGGUAAGCGAAGACUUCACUUCCGGUAGAGGGAUCAGAAUGAAUCCAAGAGUGCGAUGAAGCUAUUUCUUGGAAUUGUCGAAAUCAAUAUGGUCCUACAGACACCAAUAAUUUUUAAACCAAUAGCUAGGAAAUCGUAUCCGUGGAAACCAUCGAGUUCAGUUGUAAAUUUUAAAACCGGAAAUGUAAAUUCAUGAAGACGUUCGAGAAGUCCGUGGUAUCGUAUUCGUAUUGGACCAUGGAAUUUAAUCCUUGGAACUUCCUGAAUUCAUAUCGAUCCUCGAUCGGCAUUCAAGAUUCAUUACUCAGAGAAGCGAAUCUCGUGCGAUAGUAAAAGUGGCCAAUUUCCAUGAACCCAAGGAAUAUAGAACAGAGCACUCUUUCUCAAAUGACUAUUCGAAGUUGAAGGGAAGCCAAAAUUUUCUGCAUAGCGUUGCCGUGCGCCCGAAAUAAUAGACUGGACGCGCUCCGAGGGGCUCCCACUUGACAAAUUAUAAAUUAACAUACAUGAACGUGGCGAGUCCUCCUCAGCGGGCGAGAUAAACGAAUAUCUAGCGUAAGUGUAGCGAUUAGCGAUUUAAACUAUUAAACAAUUAAUUACCCUAACCCGUCCAGCUGCACACUGUUUCCAGUCUGUUCUCGCGAUUUCGAAAUCUCUAAUGAGUUAACAGUACUUAGAUAUUACGACCACCGUGGUAGCCCUCUAUUAUCAUCUGGAUCUUAUCGCGAUCCAGAUGAUCCGGGAUCCCAGUUCCUCGCUCGGCCGUAUCUAUACACACUCCCAGCAUCCUAAUUGUCAAACUCGCCGAUCCGAUCCACAAGAACAAAGAGAACCAUCUUAAUCGUAUACACGAAGAAUCGCAACAGUUCCGUGAAAUGAAUAAUGUAACACAAUUUCCACGAAGCGACAGAGUCUAGUUUCAAUAAACGUAAAAGAUACGAGAUAGCAAUAAAAGUUCUAAAUCGUUCUCAAAAAGAAUCAAGAAGAGGAGGCUAGUCUCGAACCAUCGAUCGUAACGCAGCAGAGUAUAAACACGACUUUUGCUCAAACUGGAUUAUCCGUAACAUCCGGAAGAACUUGGAAAGGCGAUCAUCCAUAAAAAUAAGCAAACGUCCUCGAUUCUCGAUCAUUUUGAAUUGGCGUUAACGCGGUUCGUUAUUUGACGAAAAGCGGAUGUUACGGAUGGUCAAUUAUAUCACAGAGUACCUUAAAUGAUUACGGUAUGACGAUGACUCCGGGUGAUCCAGGUAUGUUGCUCAAUCGGGUCUGGACGUAGAUUAAUGUUAAUGGACGAAAACGGUGAGCAGCUGAGGCCCCAGCAAGAAAGCAAGCAAACUCUCUGUAAAUAGUGUGCACCGUAUUGUACCCCGGAUCUCUUAGGAGCAGCCCCGUUGUUCCUAGCAGUCUGUUAUACACCGUGCGCGUAUGUAUAUGUAUAUCGUCCUAAAGCAUAAGCCUACUUAUGGAGAAUGCGUACGCAUCGUGUGUACACCCAGCACCGCGUGUUGUGUGCAAUUAGGUGCCGUGGCCGGUUGUGCGCGUGCGCGUGCGAGAGGUACCCGAUUCUGCCGCUAGUGUAUUGUCGCGCUAGUCGAUUGCGUGUUAUACGCAUGCGCACGGACGAAAUCGCGGCCGAGGUAUCGGCGUGCAUUAAUUGGUUAAUAAAUUCGAAAACAAAUUGCCCGUUAGCUGGUAAAUGGACCGCAGGUGUGUAAAAAUUAGCGAGUGUGUGCGGCGCGCAUGCGUGCGCACGAGUAAUUGGAUAUCUUGUGAUACGAAAGCCGUCGCUCUGUGUUUAGUUUUACGUGGUCAUAUGCGAUACGAGAUGAAGCAAAUUCGGAAGCAUACAGGGAUUCUAAGUAUACCGGAGAAACGAGAUGAUACGUGAAGUAAGAUAUUGAAUUGUACAUAAUUAUUUGAAUAUACGUUAACACGAAUAUCGAGGAUGUUAUUAUUGUACGGGGCGUUAGUGAAAUCACUUAAAUUCUCUUUGCCCUCAACGAAGUCAAGGAAUGACAUAAAAAUUUUAAGUAUCGCGAGUACAUUAGACUUUAAAGGUAAAACCUUAUAGCGAUUUUCUUCAAGAUCGUUCGAACCUGUCAUUAUUUUUUUUAAAUCUAUCAAAUCGAUUUGGUAACAGUCCCCUCGCGUUAUCGAAUCGUAUAUAUCGCCAAGAAUCAAGUUGUUUUCGUAACGCCCGGUACUAAUAGGCAUAUUUAAACGAAUAGAGGCGACUACGACGAGGACGACGACGAUGAUGAUGAUAAUUAUUAUUAUUCUUAUUACAUUGAUUAAUUAUUAAUAUUAUUAUUAUAUUAUAUUAUUAUAUUGAGAGUGAGUCUGUUGCUAGUGACUUGGUCCAGUGUUAAUAUUGUAUUUUAUUUGUUUCGUUAUGAUUUUUUGUUGUUCACGCCGCGUGUCGUCAACACGCUCCGUACCUACGAACGUGCAUAAACUGCGUAGAAUUCGCCUGUGCGCAUGAAAAGUCAGUUGUUUUUUUUUUUUUCAUUCAUUUAUCAAAAAUUAAUAUAUUUCGGUGCAUCCAUAUACGUGUACGUCUCAAUGUUCGAUCCUUCUCGACAAUUCGUAUCGUCGAUCGCGAUCAUUUCAACCGAGGCGUCUUACGAUACAUCGAUUCGGCCACUUCACUUCAGCUUCUGUACCAGCAUCUUAAUUGCUCUCACGUCCAGAUUAAACAAAAAAAAGACAUCUCGCUCGACAAGCGUACAGGAUGCAUUCUCCCACUUAAGUUAAGCUCAAGUAUUACGUUCACGUAGCGUUUUCAAAUGUUACUUCAUUCCAUGUAAUAUACGUAAUAGUCUAACUAAAUACCUAAAUCUACUACAUCUACGUAACCUAGAGCACCGUACGUGUAAGAUCAUAUAAUUAUAUAACUUAAAUUGUAAUUAUUAAAUGGUAUGACGUAAAGAAA